UAUUAGUUGUUCACGAUCAAAGAAAGAAGAGAAAAAAAAUGACAUCCGAAUAAAUAUCCGGAACCAUCCCUAGCAACAGCCCAGAAAGUCCAACAAAAAAACCAAUCGAUCUGUACAUAAUUUUCUUGCGAACCAGCAAGCCGAAAGUCCAAAGCCUCCACACACCCACAAGCGGAAGCUUUCACAUUUUCUCCCAACUAAAAGCCUCCACGUAAUUUCUUGCCCGCCUUCAACUUUCGUGCCAGCAGGCAGCAGGUUACUUUGGGAGGGAGCUAAGACUAUCCGCAGCCGUUCCCCCUAUAUUUUUCCCCCUAAAUCUUACUAUGCAGCCACGUCAGCAAGAUUCCCUCCCCUAAAUUUACUCGUUCCGCAACCGUUCCCCCUAAAUAUUCCCCUACAUAUCCCUCUACUCAUUAAAUAUACAUUUCCCUACAACUAACAUAACUAACUUGUUUUUUCAUUUUUAUUUCUUUUUUCAACACGUUGUCAUUACUACAUGAAACUUGGUUCACAAAUUUUUUUAAAUUAUUACUCUUAAUUAAGACAUACUUAGUACAUAAUAAAAUAUUACAAUAUUUAAUUGUAAUCCAUCUUACAAAAUAGAGAGGUACAAUAAAUGAACCUCACCGGUAUUCGGAAUUGUUCCAUUCAUUUGUGCAUGAACUUCUCUGAACCACACUUACUUUCGAAGACAAACCUUUCAGUCGUACGCUGCAAGGCACGACUAUCUUACGAUGCAAGACAUCAUUGCCUUUCAUACGAAGCCACGGAUGGCUUUCAACGGAAGCCAUCUUCCCUCCCCCCCAACCUUUCCUCUCCCCUAUAUAUAUUCAAUGAACCUCUACCAUAUUCUUCACCCAUAGUACUCAGUGAAUCAAGUUAUCGAAAGUUCGUUAUGUCUCCUAGCCAUACGGAAGAUGAGUUUGCUUCGAGUGAUUCGAGUGAUAGUGAGGAUGAAACUCUUUUGCUUGUCAACCUACUAACCCUAAACAUUGCGGCGCAGCACCUUCACCGCCGACGGUCCGGUCUACCCCGCCGUGUCAUUCACAGAGAUCAUUUCGCUGGAGAAAACCUCAUCCAACAUCACUACUUCGCCGCUAACCCAGUGUAUCCACCGCAUGUGUUUCGUAGAAGGUUCCGCAUGAGUAGGCCUUUGUUUCUCCGCAUUCUGCAAGGUCUUCAACAACACGAUAUUUACUUUACACAACGAGUUGACGCAACUGGUAUGCCCGGACUAGGACCAUUACAAAAAGUAUGUGCGGCCAUGCGGAUACUUGCUUAUGGCUUACCUUCAGAUGCGGUAGACGAGUAUAUUCAAAUUGGGGAAUCAACGGCUAGGGAAUGCCUUCAUCAUUUUUGUCGCGCAAUCAUUGAUUGUUUUAGUGCUUGGUAUUUACGCACUCCAACUCAAGAUGACAUUAAUCGCAUCAUGCAUAAUAGUGAGUCGCGGGGUUUUCCUGGCAUGUUGGGAUCCAUCGAUUGCAUGCACUGGGAGUGGAGGAACUGUCCAACGGCAUGGCGAGGUCAAUUUUGUGGUAGAAAUGGUAGGGCAUCCAUGAUACUUGAAGCUGUUGCAACGUAUGAUCUAUGGAUUUGGCAUGCAUUUUUUGGCAUGCCUGGGACAAACAAUGACGUGAACGUGCUCCACCGUUCCCCCGUCUUUGACCCAAUCACUACUGGUCGAAUGCCCCCUGUCAAUUACACAGUUAAUGGUAAUGCGUACAACUUCGGUUAUUACCUCGCUGAUGGUAUUUACCCAAACUGGCCUACUUUUGUGAAAGCAAUCCGACACCCAUACGAGGAAAAGAAAGUCUACUUCACUCAGAUGCAGGAAAGUUGCCGAAAGGAUAUUGAGCGUGCUUUUGGAGUACUUCAAGCCCGGUGGGCGGUGCUCCGUGGACCAGCUUAUGGUUGGGAUCGUAAUCGUUUGACAGAGAUAAUGACGGCUUGCAUCAUCAUGCAUAACAUGAUCGUUGAAGACGAAGGCCCAUUUGCUGCAAACAUUGAUUUCGGAGACAACUCUUCAAGGAUUGAUUCAUCUCAAAUAAUAGCGGAAGGACGUGCCGAAUGGGUUAUUAACCACUUCGAUCUACGUCGCCAAGAUAGAUCGUGCUCCCUUCAAAAUGAUCUUGUCGAGCACUUAUGGAGUCGCCGUGGAAGUAUGUAAUACUUGAGUGUCGUAGCAGCUGAGUUCGUACUUACUAUCACUACUUGUUAUGUGUUCUCGUCUAAGUUUGUAUUCGAAUAAAUAAGCUACGUUUCGCAAAUUUGCCAAACAGCCUUGUACAUUUUAGUUCACAUACUAAGUUUUAUUGUACCACACACAACGGAACAUAAGAAAUCAUGUUUUCUUGAACAAUUUAUAACAUACCAUUCGAUUGUCAAUAAUAUUGUUCAAACAUUUAUGACAUCCAAGCUCAUUAUUGUCUAAUACAACAGCAAACAACUUAAGAUACAGUGGUCCGACCAAACAAAUACGGUUCCGCAUAUUACAAAUUCGUAAACGAAGUAACCUAAAAUUGUCUCAACAAGUGUGAAUAGCACAGGCGCACAGCGUACACAACCUUUCAUCAUUGCUCAAAAGUAAAUAUGAACUGCUGCAAUUUUUUUUUCUGUUCCUUCAUGACAACCCAAACUUCAGGAUCUACAUCUUCUUCGUUUGUCGACAACAGCA